CCGGGAGCAGUGGCGGAGGUGACGGUAAAAAAGAACAGUGUCAAGUGUGCGGGUAUUAUAAUCACAAAACAUUGCAGUGUCGUUUCGCGAAAUCCAGGUGUAAAAAGUGUAAAGCUACAGGCCAUCUUAAAAGGAUGUGUAAAAGUGUACAUUUCAUGGCAGUGAACGCCGUGGAUGAGGGCGAUGACGAUGAUGAUGAUGAUAAAGGUCAAGAUUAUUGCGCUAGCUCUAAUGACUGGGACGAUGACGUAGAUAUCCGUACCGAGGAGACAUCAUCGGCCGGCCCGCCGCCAGCGCGGCUGGCGCCGAGCGAGGAGCUGCAGCCUGCCAUGGGGGAGGAAGGAGACCGGACAACGGCUCCAGAGUCUCCAGACUCACGCCCUGUGCCGUCAGACUCUCCCGAGCCUACUGCUACGCCCAGCGGGGCCUCGCCCGCAGGCCAGUCUGAAGAAGAUGACGAGUUCCAGGAAGCCUUACCUGGUCCGGACACUGAAUCCGAGACUCGAUACCCUGACAUACCUACGGAGAACAAUCCCGUGUCUACCACUCCUCGGUUAAAGCGCAAUCGACCUAAAAUUAAUUACAAGGCAUUCUUCUAGCGAUAAGUAAUACUUAGUUGCAAACGUAAUUGUUUGCUAUUCUUUCGUCUUAUGUAUAUUUAGAGUUAAGUAUAAGUUAGACGUGUAUGUAAGCUAAGGGGAGGAAUGUUAUAUAUGUAUGUGUGCUGCGCACACACUCGCCGCGCUAACUUACGAAUACACGUCAGUACGCUAA